AUGAUCAGUCAAUUACUAUCAGAACACAAUUUUCUUACAUCCAUCACUCAUCAUAAGCAUUCUUCGUUGGUUACUCAUCUAUCAUCACCUCAUAAAACAUAGAUAAAGGCUAAUCGGUAAAAUCGACAUAUAGAUUGUCAAGGAGAAGUAUAUGAUAAAAGAGAUCUAAUUAAUGCAAGUAAUGAUAAUCAAUUGUUAAAACCUGAAACUGUGAGAAAGAAUAAUCGACUUAAAUCAAAACCAGCAGUUUCAAGAUUUAUGAAGAAAUUAAUUAUAUCUAACUUCAAAGAUAAUAAAGAAAUAUUCUAUUCUGUUACUCCUAUGUAGCCAAUUUAUGAUCAAUUUAAAUAAAGAUAUGAACAAAGGGAAAGAGAUAGAGUAUUUUAAAACCAUCAUUUUGAUAAAGUUUAUAAACAUCACUUAAGUAGAGCCAUACAAUAUAUAUUGUAAUAAGUAUUAAAUUUUCUUUCAUUUGAUGAUGUUUUUAAAGUUAAUUUAGAUAAAAGUGAUUAUGAUAGAUAUUUAUAGAGAUAACCAAAAUUAUUAAGGAAUUCUGUGAGUUCAAUGGAUUUAUUAAAUCUCUAAUAAACCUAAUUGGAUAAUGAAUUGACAACUAAUAGAAAAAUCUAAUUAAUAGCUAAUGUAUUUUCGGAUCCUCAUUUCAAUGCUAAAGAAAGAUAAGUGUUGUAUUAAGUACUUAGAUUUUAGAUUGCAUAAGCUUAAAAAUCAAUUGUAAAAUUAGAAAAAGCCAGCAUAGGAAUUAAAGCAUUAAAUCGUUUUUAGACUAAGAAAGAAGGUCAUUUAGAAUAAUUAGCCUUCAUUCUUGAUUAUAUGUAAAAUAAUUAUGAUAAACUUGUUAAAUUAAUAUGAUUACAUUUAAUUAUUAAAUUAAUUCUCUUUUAUUUAUGAGAAUCUAAAAAUAUAUAUAAAAUUUAAAUGCAUUCUAUUCUUCUUAAUCCAAUCAAAAAUUUAGUUUACAUUAUAAGAGCGUGCCAAAUAAUCGAAAGACAAAUAUAAAUAACAUUAAAAAAUGGCAAGAACUAAAUAAACCGCAAGAAAAAGUACUGCUGGCAAUAAAAAGCCUACCAAACAUUUAGCUACUAAAGCUGCAAGAAAGACUGCUCCAGCUGUUGGUCCAUCUGGUGGUUUAAAGAAACCACAUAAAUUUAGACCAGGAACUGUAGCAUUAAGAGAAAUUAGAAAAUAUUAAAAGUCAACUGAAUUGUUAAUCAGAAAGCUACCAUUUUAAAGAUUAGUAAGAGAAAUAGCUCAUGAUUUCUAAAAAGAAUUAAGAUUUUAGAGUUCUGCAAUUUUGGCGCUUUAAGAAGCAGCUGAAGCAUAUUUAGUAGGAUUGUUUGAAGAUACCAAUUUAUGUGCAAUUCAUGCAAGAAGAGUAACUAUUAUGUCCAGAGACAUACAAUUAGCUAGAAGAAUAAGAGGAGAAAGAUUUUGAAUAAUAUGACUAAAAUAUGUGGC